AUGCUGUUGGAGAGGAUCGGAAAGACAGCGGUUGCGUGGGUGGGUGGAUUGACGCACACAGUAUACACUAAAAUGAGUGGGAACAAUCGAGUGACGAGGGCACAUGGCUUGGAUGGACUGGACUACGAGAUGAAUGCGGUGCCUAUGCGCAACGCCCCGACGGGUGGCUUCCUGGAUCAACUCCAGAACCAGAGAGAAGUUGGGGGCGGACUGGACGGGAUCAGCUUUGAGAUGGAGCUCGCUAUCCGGAAUCAGAACCGGAACCGAGGCAAUUACCGCUGCAGUAAAUGUGGCGAACCCAAAAGGGGUCACGUGUGUCCCCUUGUGCCGUCCAAUUUCAAGUGCAAUCGCUGUGGAAUGUCCAAGAAAUCGUGCAGUUGUAUUGCGCCGACGAUGUGUACGGUUGGGGUGCAGGUGGAAAUGGACCGAAACAUGACUACUCGAGUACUUGAUCUCAGCAUACAGGGUUUUGAGAAGUCCGAGAAAACGACAGCCAGCUUCAGCAAGUCUUCGAACCGUUCGUGA